AUGACAUUUGAGGCCAUGCUGGAUGUGCUGUCUACAGGACAGGAGAACAUCCCAAACUACAGAUGUGGAAGACAAAAGAACCUGCUGGCGAUUCUUGAAGAGAUGGAUUCUGAACUCUUUGAUCAUAUUUCCAAUGUCUUGAGCAUCUAUAAAAUUCCACAGCACAUGGAACAGAGUGGCGAUGGCAGCGACAUGUUUAAGAAAGAGAGCGGCUCUGUUAACUUUCGCUACAAGAAGCCUGCAGCCGCUGCAUCUUUUGGCACAAGAAGCACCUCCAGGCGCACAAAAAAAAAAGUGGCUGCGGCUGCAGGCAUCUCGCAACAAGGAGGCCGAGGUACGGACUGGCAUUCAGCCCAGCAGCGAUGGCUCAGCCCUGGCUUGCCUUCCCUGGCAGCCAGCCAUGAGAAGAAGUUAAGGACGCAUAACGUGGCAAAGGGAGAGCCGGCACUUCAUAAGUUCCUGAGAAACCUCCAACAUCACAAUAUUUCCCGUGAUGGAAUUUCUUUUGAUGAAAAUGGAGUUCCUGUUGGUGACUUUGAUAUCAUGCACUGGACAUCAGCUUUGAACAAAUCAGAUGCGGGGGUGAAAAUUGGGACUAUGGUGCCUCAUUCAAGAUGUACAGAAAGCUGCUCCCCAGGUUAUGCCAAGCUUGUGAGAGAGGGAGCCCCAGUUUGCUGCUAUGACUGUUCUCUGUGUAUGGAAGGAACAUUCUCUGUGCAAGAAGAUGCAGCCCAUUGUGAAAAGUGUCCAGAUGACCAGUAUUCCAAUAAGAAGCGAGAUCAGUGUGUCCCCAAAAAUAUAAGCUUCUUAUCCUAUCAAGAAUUGUUGGGACUCAUCCUGGCUUUCUUUGCCAUCGCUUUGUCCCUAACCACCGCCUUUAUUCUGGGAAUCUUCAUGAAAUACCGAGACACUCCCAUAGUCAAAGCCAACAACUGUGAACUCACCUACAUCCUCCUGGUUUCACUCCUGCUUUCUUUCUUGACUUCCCUUCUAUUCAUCGGUCGCCCCGUGAAAAUGACCUGUCUCCUUCGACAAACCAUUUUCAGUAUUGUUUUCUCAGUUGCUGUGUCUUCCUUGCUGGCCAAGACUGUCAUGGUGGUGGUGGCCUUUCUGGCCACAAAGCCAGGCAGCAGCAUGAGGAAAUGGCUGGGGAAGAGUCUGGCCAACUCUAUUGUUUUAUCCUGCUCUGGUGUUCAAGUAGGCCUCUGUAUGAUGUGGCUGGGAGUCUUUCCCCCAUUCCCAGAUUCUGACUUUCAUUCCCAACCAGAACACAUCCUGCUGCAGUGCAAUGAAGGCUCUGUCACCAUGUUCUACUCUGCUCUUGGCUACAUGGGUUUUUUGGCUGCCAUCUGUUUCUUGGUGGCAUUUCUGGCUCGAAAUCUGCCAGGGGCUUUUAAUGAAGCCAAACUGAUCACGUUCAGCAUGUUGGUUUUUUGUAGCGUUUGGAUCUCCUUUGUUCCCACUUAUCUGAGCACCAAGGGGAAAUACAUGGUCGCCGUGCAGAUCUUCUCCAUCCUGGCUUCUGGCCUGGGUUUACUGGGCUGCAUCUUUAUCCCCAAAUGCUACAUUAUUAUCCUGAGACCUGACAUGAACACCAAAGAACAUCUCAUGAUAAAAAAUCAUUAAGUCUCCUUUUGCUGGUGUUUAUUUUUGUACAGUUUACAUGCAGCAUAAAAUCACAUGCUUUGAAGUAAUGUUUUCUGUGUUGUCACUUAUCUUUCUUCAUUCCAUGAGAAUUUUGAAUUAUAAUAAUUAUAAUAAUUGAAGAACAGAUAGCGACAGAUCUAACAAAAUGGGAGAAUUUGCAGCUAUUAUUGAUAGGGAGAAUAUCAACUAUUAAAAUGAAUAUACUGCCCAGACUUUUAUACUUAUUUCAGACAAUUCCAAUUAAGUUGGGGAAAAAAUAUUUUGAAGAUUUAAAUAAAAUGGUGUUAAAAUAUAUAUGGCAGGGCAAAAAGGCAAGGAUAAAACUAAAAUUGAUGCAAGAUGUUAGAUCAAGAGGAGGUUUUGGUUUGCCGGAUUGGGAAUUAUAUUUUCAAGCUUGUAACUUGGUGUGGAAUAAAGAAUAGCUUAACGCUAAGGAAUAUUAGAUUGUUGACUUUAGAAGGACAUGAUUUAUUGUUGGGUUGGCAGGCUUUUAUGUGGUAUAAAAGUACAAAAGUACAGGGUUAUUUCAGAAGACAUAUGAUACGAGAGUCUUUGUUAUUAAACUGGGAGAAGAUUAAACAAUGUUACUAUUUAAAAAUUCCAGUCUGGUUAUCACCUAUUGAAGCAGUCUCAUACACAAUAACAUUUAGAAAGGAACACAUUGUUAGAUAUGGUGAAUUAUUAAAUGAAAGGGGUGAACUUAAGUCGA